UGCAGAUAGCUGUUGUCGGGUCUUCACGGCGUUUUAUAGCAAACAAACAACACACCGUUAGUGUUGUCUAAAAAUAAAGGGGAUAGAAUACACUUAUCUCCUUGAGAGAGGAGCAACUAACAAUAUAUAAGAACAUAGUAUCCUGUUGUGUAUAAAAUUUUGUAGUGGAGCAUUCUUCGUGAAGGAAAAUAUAAAAUGUUAUAAUAUUUCUUAUCCAGGGACGGCGUGGGUUUAACAGUUAGCCAGGAAUGAAUUUCCAAGGAUUACUUUAAAGCCACACGGAUCAAACCCCAGUUCAGAACAGGCAAAUGUGUUAAUUGAAAUACAACAGGAAGAAUUGAAAGCUUAAAAACCUACUCGUUUUAACCAGCAUUCACGCCCUGUUGCAUAUUCGCUACACUGUUCAACUUCAAAACCGUCUCGUGGUACCACUGUACCAUAGUAUAUGUGUGAUUUUUGUACCAGAAUAUCUUUGUACCUUAAUUAAGUAAUACCAGGCGCAUCAGUGACCAUGGCAGCAGCUAAAGAUGAGACGACAGCUGAGCCGAAGAAACGAAGUAUGGGAGCUCAAAUCCUGCUGGAUAACCUGCUCAUCAUCUUCAUCGUCAUCGCUGUUUUCAUCGGCGUGGGUCUUGGCGUCGGUCUGCGCGGUGUCUGGGGUUAUGAGGAGUACAGGAAGAUCUUCUACCUGGAGUUCCCAGGUCGUCUACUACUGAACAUGUUGAAGAUGUUGAUCCUUCCUCUCAUCAUCUCCAGUCUCAUCACUGGUAUGGCGGACAUCGGCUCUCAUGCCUCGGGCAAGCUUGGCGCCGCCGCCAUCUUCUACUACAUGACGACGACACUGGCCGCCGUCAUCACGGGUAUCAUCCUCGUGCUGACCAUCCACCCCGGCAACGCCAGUGACAGGAACAACAUCCGGCGCGAGGGGGCGUCACUCGAGGCUGAUCCGUUAGACUCCCUCCUCGACCUCAUCUCGCAAUGCUUCCCAGAAAACUUGGUAUCCGCUUGUUUUGAAAGAGUGAUAACAAAGUUUAAAAUCGGGAAAUCCGACCCUCGGAUCAACGAAACCCAUUACAAGCUGUAUAAUCUUACAGAGACGGACAACUCGUCGUUUGCUACCUACACCGUGGACCUUACCAAGCCCUACAUGGCCUCUGACAGUGGGAUGAACGUCCUGGGUAUCGUCGUGUUCUCUAUAGCGCUGGGCUGUGUCAUCAACCAUCUGGGCGAGCAGGGCAAGCCGCUGAAGGACUUCUUCUCCAGCCUAAACGCCGCCACCAUGGUGCUCAUCAACAUCGUUAUCUGGUACACCCCUAUCGGCAUCAUCUUCCUCAUCGCCUCCAAGUUCAUCCUGACCAAGGACAUCGGCGGGGUCCUCAGCGACAUGGGCAUGUACAUGGCGACGGUCCUGGGCGGGCUAGCCAUCCACGGGAUCGUCACCCUCCCCGUGCUCUACGUGAUCUUCACCAGGAAAAACCCGGUCAGGUUCGCGGCUAACAUGGCUAAAGCUCUAUGCACAGCCUGGGGUACGGCGUCAAGCUCCGCCACCCUUCCCAUCACCAUGGACUGUCUAGUCAACAAGAACAAGAUCAACAUCAACGUGGUGCGGUUCGUGGCGCCAGUUGGUGCCACCAUCAACAUGGACGGAACCGCGCUCUACGAGGCAGUGGCGUGCAUUUUCAUCGCUCAGGUCAACAACCUUGACCUUAGCGUGGCUGACGUAAUCAUCGUCAGCCUGACAGCUACGGCCGCAGCCGUGGGUGCAGCUGGUGUCCCUCAAGCUGGUCUAGUGACGCUGGUCAUCGUCCUCACGGCCGUGGGUCUCCCCUCUGAAGACGUCACGCUCAUCUUGUCCAUUGACUGGCUCCUAGAUCGAUUUCGGACAGCCAUCAAUGUCUGGGGUGACUGUAUCGGCUCUGGUAUUUUGGAUCACUUCUUCAAGGACACAUUCGAGAGGAACGCCAACACCAACCACGACGACACCAUCAGCAACAUCGUCAGCAGCGGGAGCUCAUCCAUCUCCAAAAAGGACGACCUCAGCGAGGACUCCCCGCCUAGCUACAGUGGCCUUGGGCAUGAGAACGAGGCUUUCGAGGCAGACAACACCCAAACGAAACUAUAAUUUAUUGUUUAACUAUAUCUGACCAGAUUUAGCAACCGAUGCUCGCUUACAACGAACACAAGAAGUAUAAUUUGGUUGAUCUUUUGUCUAUGUUGUUUUAAAAUUGAAGCUAAAAUUUACUAUAAUUUAUUGUUUAACUAUAUCUGACCAGAUUUAGCAACGGAUUCUCGCUUACAACGAACACAAGAAGUAUAAUUUGGUUGAUCUUUUGUCUAUGUUGUUUUAAACUUGAAGCUAAAAUUGUUGAUUAGUUUUUUUUUUACCUUUAUGAAAAAUUUACUCUGUGGAUUUUUAUUAUACCAACAGGGUCAAGAAAUAAAAUUGUUGAAACUUUACUUAUGUCAUUUUUAUGUUAAAUGUUAAAACCACAACAAGAAAGUACUGUUUUUAUUUUAUUAAAAAAAUAAUC